CUCCAGGCUCGAGGUGUCCGCAGCUCCCGGCUCCAGGAACCCCUCGGGCCGGCCCGACUGCAGGGCCGCUCCUCGCGUGCAGCCAGCCCCGGGCACCGACCGCCGCGCGGCGGCCCCGCGCGACGCCAUGGACGAGGCCCUCCCGGCGACCCCUCCGCCCGAGGCCACCAUGGGGCCCCCGCCGGUCGUGGAGGCGGCCGCUGCGGCGGAGCACUUCGCCGCGGGCCCCCCGGGUGUAGUCGCAGAGGGUCCCACGGGCACCUGGCUCUCCGUGGACGACGGAUGCUGCGAUGCGGGCUCCGGUUACAUGCGGGACUGGGGGUCGUACUGGCUGACCCCGCAGAUGGAGGAGCUCGGCGCCCCGCCGGCCUGGGACUACGUGGGCAUGGGCCGCGGCGGCUGGGUCAAGGACUACAAGUACGUGGGCGCGGGCGCCGGCGACCACAACCAGCGCAUCUUCGAGGAGGGGCCGAAGCCGGUCGACUUUCAGCGCUUCAGGCUCCUCUGCGGCGGUGUGUCUUGCUGUGUGGCCCUCGCACUGCUCAUCUACUUCUCGGUGUUGUGGAGUGUCCUGCGGAGUCGUUGGCAGCAUGCCGCGCCGCCGCCGAUGGUAGCAGCUGGAGCGACUGCCAUGCAGACGCCGUUGCCUUAUGAGUGCGAUGAUGGUUGGGAUGCCGACCCCGGGUUUUGGAGCAACGAGGUGGAGCCGCAGAAGCAGGCGUGGUGCUGCGAUAACUAUGAUCGAUGCGCCACCCACGCUCCGAAGUCGAACAUGGAUUGCACAGAUGGCUUCGAGACUUGGGAAGAAAGCUGGUCCGUGGAACAGAAGGCACUGUGCUGCAACCAGCCAAACGUCGUCUGUGUACCCGCGACCCAGACCACCACCACCAGUUUUGUGCACAACUGCGACUCCUCGGACAAGGAGAGCGUGCUAGAGACCUGGUCCGCUGAGAACGGGGGUUGGCGGAUCUCCUGGUGCUGCGAGCACAAGGGCAUCGCGUGCUCGACCACGAAGCCGAAGCUGAAGUUCGACUGCGAGGCUGGCCUGAGCAGGUGGGAGACUGGCUGGUCCGCUGCCAAGAAGGAGUACUGCUGCGUCACUGGGCAGUGCGACUCCAGCAAGGUUGCCGCAGCGUGAGAUCCUUGGGAGGGGGAUGUGUGCGCCACCCUUGAGCGCGCGGGCGCUCCCAGAUCGUCCCAGCGCCUGGUCCUCUGCGUCCUCGUCUCCCCCCCCCCUUCCGCCUCGUCGUCCUUCUUUCUUGGUCGAGCUCAGAGCGGUCCAGCCGCUGAAGCGUCAGUGUACUCGGCAGUCGGCGCCCCCGACUGCCGAGCGAAGCAAGGGU